CCCUUGCCCCCCACCCAUCCCUUCGUUUCUGCCCCCUCCCCACCCGCGGGACUGUCUGGGGGGUUGGGGGGUGGUUGGGGGGGGUUUGGUGUCCCCCCGGCCUCCCCCCCCCCCGUGUGUACGGGGCCGUUGACCCCGGCCCGCGCCGUUAAUACACGACCAGGGCAAAGGUCUGGCCCCGCCGCGCUGCCUCCGUGUGCUCUGUGCUGCGCCACAGCCCCUCGGCGUGGGCCUAGGGAGAGGAAGGAGGGGGGCACCUGGGGGGGGGGACGUGGGGGAAAAGGGGUCCCGGAGCCGGGCUGGGGAGGGUCCGCGCCGCCUCCACGCCUCCCGUCCUGCCCCCCGCCAGGCCGCAGCGGCCGUUCCCCGUGGGCCCCCCCCCCCCCCCGCAGGGCGUACUCGCGGGACAGCGAGGGCAGCUGGUUCCGCUCCCUGUUCGUGCACAAGGUGGACCCCCGCAAGGACGCCCACUCCAACCUCCUGUCCAAGAAGGAGACCAGCAACCUCUACAAGAUCCAGUUCCACAACGUGAAGCCAGAAUGCCUGGAUGCCUACAACAGCCUGACAGAGGAGGUGCUGCCCAAGCUGCACUUGGACGCCGAUUACCCCUGCGACCUGGUUGGGAACUGGAACACAUGGUACGGCGAGCAGGACCAGGCAGUGCACCUCUGGCGCUUCUCGGGCGGGUACCCGGCCCUCAUGGACUGCAUGAACAAGCUGAAGCAGAACAAGGAGUACCUGGACUUCCGCAAGGAGCGCAGCCGCAUGCUGCUGUCCCGCAGGAACCAGCUGCUGCUCGAGUUCAGCUUCUGGAACGAGCCCCUGCCCCGCCAGGGACCCAACAUCUACGAGCUCCGGACCUACAAGCUCAAGCCAGGGACCAUGAUUGAGUGGGGCAACAACUGGUAAGUGGCUGCCUCCUGCCCGCCCCGCGGCGGUGUCCU